AUGACUGCCGGCGCCGCGAGCGCGGGCGCGGUCCGGCGGGCGGUCGACAGGGCGUGCGCGGCCGCCAGGGGGGCGCGGCGCGCGCUGGCGCGGUUCGCGCCGCGGCCGUCGGCGUUCGGCGCGGCGGCGGACGCGGAGGCCGCGGCGGUGCGCGGGGUCCGCAACGCGCGCACGUUCCGGUACCACUACGCCGCGCUGCAGUGGGCGCUCCUCCUGGCGUCGCUGGCCGCGGCGGGCCACCGGGCGUCGGUGCUCUUCCUCAUGGCCGCCUCCAAGGUCCUCCUCGUCUGCCUCGGCCUCCUCGCGCCGUUCCCGAGAUUGGUGCUGCUCCGCCGGCUCGUCGCCGCGGCGUUCGUCGCGCUCGUGCUCGCCGACAUCGCCGCGGCCGGCGCCGUGGCCAACCUCAUGGCCGCGCUGGCGGUGGGCGUUCCGGUCAUCGUGCUCCACGCCUCGUUCCGCGUCCGCGACGACCUCGAGGGGCCCUCCACGGAGAACGGCGAGGAGGAGGAGGCGGAUGAGGAGGCGGCGGUCGUGGAGAAGAGGGAGGACGGCGAUACGGAGGCAGGCCCCACGCGGCGGUCCACGGCGGUCGCGCCUCGAUCACCAAAGUGA